AAGGGGCGGGGGAGGAGGCAGAGGGAAGGCAAGCCUGUGUCAGCCCUCACUGAGCGUCUGUGUUCACCUGGCUGCAUUCUGGAACCUACCCGGUCACACCUGGGCAGGCGGCGGUGGCGGCGGCCCCUCCUCCCUGGAUUGAGGAAGCAGGAAAGGGUGGUGAGGAGAGGCAGCAGGCAGGUCUGCCAGGCAGCGGUGGUCCGUGCCCAGGCGGGAUGGGCUCUGUCUGGGUUCUAGCUGUGCUUCUCUUUUUCUCCUGCUGGAAGGCUGGAGUCACUGCCAGCUCUGCAGUCUCCUCACCCCCACUUUGGAGGCCUGGCAUCGGCAGUUCAGCUCCUUUGGUGACAACCAGCAACUCGGAACAGAGGGACAGGCCCCGCUCAGAGGGGGCUCUCCAGACCACUCACCUGACUCAGGAUGUUCCUCUAGACGCUUUAACUCUGACCACCUCCCCUACAUCAUCAACCCUAGAUAUUCAGACCACCUCCCCUGCAACAUCAACCCUGGAUAUUCAGACCACCUCCCCUACAACAUCAACCCUAAAUAUUCAGACCACCUCCCCUACAUCAUCAACCCUGGAUAUUCAGACCACCUCCCCUACAUCAUCAACCCUGGAUAUUCAGACCACCUCCCCUACAAUGUCAACCCUAGAUAUUCAGACCACUUCCCCUACAUCACCAACCCUAAAUAUUCAGACCACCUCCCCUGUAGCAUUAACCCUGGAGACCCAGACCUCUUCCCUUGCAGCAUCAACCCUGGAGACCCAGACUUCUUCCCUCAUAGCAUUUACCAUAGAUACACAGGCCACUUCUCCUGCAGCAUCCACCCUAAAUACUCAGACCACCUCCCCUGCAGCAUCCACCCUGGAGACCCAGACCACUUUCCCUGCAACAGAGGCCCUAGAGAACCAGACUGUUUUCCCUGUUGAUUCGACCCUAAAAACCCAGACGGUUUCCUCUGAAACAGAGACCAGAACUCUCGCAAUAAGAAUACCUUCCAACUUCAUGGUCGUGCAUCCCAUCCCUACGGACACUUCGGCUACACAGAGCAGCCCCAGGCCUGGAAUGAGCACUGUCAUGACUGGCACACUGAGUGAUCCCAUAGGAGUCGUUGGCACCCUUUGUAUUGAUGACAGCUCAGAAGAGGCGAGGAAGAUCACAAUUGACCUCUUGACCUUGGCAUACACCUCCACAGAAGCCGAACACCUGUCCUCAGAGAGCAGCUCCUCCUCGGACAGCUCGGCUGGCGUCCUCGCCAGCUCACAGGUCCUGGGGUCCGAUAUUGCAACUCCAGCCAAGGACUUGGUUGCCUUCAGCAUCACCCAGAUUAAGCUCACCACCUGCAUCACAGAAAUAGAAACAUCUGUCAUCACCUCAGAUACUAACCACGGCCCUACAGGAGCGACAGCCUUGUCCACUUCUGAGACGCUCACCUUGCCUCAAUCCCCCAAGACAAAACCACUUAGCCCCAAGACCACAAGCUCACCUGGGACCCCGUCAACAGCUGGCACCUCAACCCUUGCCACCACCCUUGAGGGCACACCCCCUAUUAGUGGCCUCACAGAAAGAGGAACAACAGUAGCUCAGACUCCUACCUCCGGAGUCCCUUCAGGGACAGUUAGUACGAACCCACUGAAAGAGACCUCAACACUCUCUACAGCGACACAAAGCCACACUGAGGUCUUGGGAACAACGACCGUCCCCAGGGCUACUGGGUCAACAAGGGGAGAAGCAACCUCCUACUAUUCCUCAACUCCAGACAACAGUCCCUCAGCGGGGGUCACCACCAAGAGCUCUGCUACCUCGGAGACUUUAACCAGCAGCUCCUUAGCCAAGACCACGGCCCCACCAAGGACAGCAGUGGAGCCCCUAACGUCUACACCCACUGCUGCUUGGACAAGGACCACAAAACACGAUCCAGGGGGAGAUGGAGGCUUCCUCCUUGUACGGCUGAGUGUGGCCUCCCCUGAGGACCUCACUGAGCCCAAAGCCAUAGAGAAGCUGAUGGACCAGCUCAGCUGUGAAUUGCACACCCACAUGCCCCUUGUCCAAGUGUCCUUACUGAGCGUCAGAAGGGGCUGAAGAAUGUUAGCUGCAACCAAGCAUGUCCUCUGUAGCAGAAGAAGAGUAGUGUUGCCUGUGACCUGGACCCCAAACAGACCAAAGCCGUGGUACUGUGCUGUGGACCCACAAGGUUCCCAUGAAGGUCAGCUGGCCUGAGAACCCUGCCCCAUUCCUGACCACAAGACCUUGGUCCACUAUGCCUGGGUGUGUCUGCAAGGGGAGAGGGCUGGCCUGUUUCCAGUGGUGCCCUUCACCACCUCUGACUGGUUAUUGUAUUUCAGUAAAGAGAAAACUGGCCACUCCA